AUGGAAAAAUCAGAUAAAACUGAGUUGAUCUAUGAAUAUGCAAAGAAACGAAAAUAUUUUGGCCGGCAGACCCUUUUUGAGGAUCAUGGUCCUGAAUUAACUCUAAGUAUACCAUCCAAUCCCGCUAUGUAUAAAAAUUACAUUCUUAGAAAUCCUGUAAACGUAGGCAUACAGAACACGGGCACCACGUCCGAGCAUUGGGUUAAUUCUGUAAGAGCUGAGUACACAAGUUCAGGAAUAAAUCACAUAGAGGGUGGUUGGCCGAAGGAUAUAAACACAAAUGACCCGGAAGCCACGCAGAGGUAUCGACGUAAAAUUGAAAAAGAUGACGCUUAUAUCCAUGCUGUUAUGCACUUGGGGCAUAGUAUGGAACACAAUAUUCUACAAAACAAUGCAGUGGAUAUGUACCAGAUUUAUUAUUCCGAGCUACCAACGAUCCCGCCGGUUGAGAAGAGCAGUUGUCAUACAGUCAACGUAUACAGAGAGCCUGGUUCAGCGAGGCGGCCGAUACGUUCGUUGUCGUGGCAAGCAGAAGGCGCGAGGCUUGCCUGUGCUCAUGCCGAUGUUAAUUUCACGAGAAGUUCUAGAAAUCUCCAACUUUCUUACAUUUGGGACAUAGAAAAUGCUAAUGCACCAGAAUUAUCAAUAACUCCGCCACAGCCUUUACUUGACUUACAGUACAAUCCUAGAGAUCAACAUAUUUUAGUUGGAGGCAUGAUGAAUGGCCAAGUGGGAUGUUGGGAUAUGCGUAAAGGCGGUGAGGCGGCCGCACUGUCCCCUCCACAUGUCGCUCAUAGAGAUCUUGUAAGGAAUGUUCUUUUUAUUAAUUCAAAAACUGGGGCUGAAUUCUUCUCAUCGUCGCCUGAUGGCGUUGUUAAAUGGUGGGAUAUAAGAAAUAUGAACGAGCCAAGUGAUACAAUGAUAAUAGAUCCUGUAAAAUCAAACAACGAUACUCAAAGUGUGGAAAAUGCUCUUGGUAUAUCCGCCCUCGAAUAUGAACCCACCAUACCUACAAGAUUUAUGGUUGGGACAGAAACAGGAUUAGUUAUAGGAGGAAAUCGAAAGGGAAAAACACCUUUGGAAAAAUUACCGUCUAGAUAUGAGGCGCAUUUAGGUCCGGUAUACGCUUUACAAAGGAAUCCAACAUUUUUGAAGAAUUUUCUAACAGUCGGAGACUGGACGGCUCGAGUCUGGAGUGAAGACUGUAGAGAGUCGUCUAUACUUUGGACGUAUGCACAUCGAACUAAACUCACCGAUGGAGCCUGGAAUCCUAUUAGGUUUUCGCUGGUGCUGGUGACGCAGUGGGACGGCUGCCUCGCGUGCUGGGACCUGCUGCGGCGGCGCGGCGCGCCCGUCGCCGCCGCGCGCCUCUGCGACGAGCCGCUGCUGAGGCUGCGCCCGCACGAGGGGGGCCUGUUGGUGGCAUGCGGAAGCAGUAAAGGGACCAUUUACUUGGCGGAAUUGUCACAAAACCUUGGUACUGCCGAUAAAAAUGACAAACAACUUUUGACUCACAUAUUAGAGCGUGAGAACAAACGCGAGCGUAUCCUAGAAGCGCGUAUGCGGGAGCUGCGCCUGAAGCUGCGGCAGGAGCGCGACGCGGCGGCCGGCGAGCCCGAGCCGCCCGGCGACCGCGACCUGCGCGAGGCCGAGGCCGACUACGCGCACGCGCUGCAGAAGACUGUG